GGGAGUUCAGGAGCCCCCUCCUCUGGAGGCGAUCCGGGCCCCCGCCCCGUCAGGAACCCAGGAAGGGCCCCAAGUAUUGUUCUCCCCACUCUCCAGCCUGGGGUCGGGAGUUCAGGAGGCUCUUCCUCAAAAGGGGCAUCCAGGGGUUCCCUCUGACCCCCAGGAUCCCAGGUCUUGUUCCCCUCACUCUCCAGUCUUGGAGUCUAGAGUUCUGGAAGCCCUCUUACCCGUGAGGUGAUCCAGGCAUCCACCUUCCCCCCAGAAAUUCAGGAAGGACCCCAGUUAUUUCUCCUUCUGGCUUCCAGCUCAGAGAUGGAAAUUCAGGAGCCAAUUUAAGGGACCCUCUGUCCCCCAACCCCUGGGAAAUCCAGUAGGGGAGCCAACAUCACCCCACCACCCUUCAAAGUGGGAUCUGGGUUGAGGAGGUGAUCUAGGAACUCAGCCCUCUCUGUUUGCAUCCCCCUACCCGGCUCUGGGGUUGUGGCUCAGGAUGUCCCCCUCCCCAGAAGGAAAACCAGAAGUCCCCCUGCCUCCCAGGAACAGAUCUGUUGUUUGCCCCCCAACCCCCUGCCAGUGUCUAGUCAGGGGGUGAGUAGCUCUAGACAUCACCCUACUACAGGGAAUUCUCCCCCUGCUCCCCAGAAGGGGUCCCAGCUAUUGUUUGUCCAUCCCCCUCCCUACCACCAGCCAUGGAGCUGGAAUUCAGGAUCUAGAAUUCUCCCACGAAGUUACCAAAGUCUCCUGACACCCAUCCCCAUACCUCAGCCAUGGGGUCAAUCAUCCAGGAAUACUCUCUUCCUAGGAGAUGGCCCAGGUGUCCCCCCAGUAACCCAAGAGAAGCCAGAGGUAUUUUUUGCCAACCUCCCAGUUAGGAGUCAGAAUUCAGACUCUUCUAUCUAGUUGGGCAAACAUGUAUAUGGACACCUGUCCUUACCCUCCUGGCUAAUGAGUCCAUGGGUCUCCCUGCUCCCUCCAGAGGUCCCACGUUUUACAUCACCAUCCUCACUCUAGUUGUAGAACUCAGCGGUCAGCGUCUUCCAUCUAAGACAGAACCCAGGUGUUUGGACACUUAGUCCUAUCGCAGAACUGUGAGGCUCGGGAUUCAGGUUGUAUCCUCCCUGGGAAGCGAGCCAAGGUCUCCCUCCCCUCCCCCAGUGACCCAGGAGGAGGACCAGAUGUUGUUUGCCACCCCCCCACCCCCACCCAGAUCAAGGCUUCAGAGGUCAGGAUGUUUCCACUCUAGGAAGUGAGCCAGAGGUCACCCUCCCUACCAGGGACCCCCAGAUACGUCACCCUCAACCAUGGGAUUCAGGCCAUGUACUUAGUGACAAGCACAUGAUCCCAGAUACCCACACUCUUCCCGUGAAGGGGCCAUGGUCCAGGGGAUAGGCAUCCAGGACUCUCUCCUCCACAGGACCCAAGCUUCCCAGGAGAGGAGGAACCCAGGAUGGAGAGAGGGGCAGAGCCAUGGAGCUGGACCCUGCUCCCGAAGCGGCUGGCACUUCCACACCAGGGAUGCGGCGCUCCGUCCUGGUCAGGAACCCAGGCCACAAAGGACUGAGGCCCUCUUACGAAGAGCUUGACUCCGACUCAGAAGACCUAGACCCCAACCCAGAAGAGCUAGACCCAGUUUCUGAAAAGCCAGAGCCUGACCCGGAAGACCUCAACACUGUCUCUGAAGAUGUGGACCCCAGCUAUGAAGAUCUGGAGCCUGUCUCCGAGGAUCUGGACCCGGAUGUGGAAGCUCCGAGCUCCAUCUCGGGGACCCGUGACUUGGAUCCCCAAGAUCUUGACCCCAUGUCUUCAAGUUUUGACGACCCAGACGUCAUCGGCCCCGUUCCCCUGGUUCUUGACCCUAACAGUGACACCCUCAGUCCGGCUGCUGCUCCAGACCUGGAUCCCCUCUCGUCCGACCUCACUGCCACCCCCGAGGUCCUGGCCACCAGCCCAGCGGUGCUCCCCGCACCUGCCAGCCCGCCCCGGCCCUUCUCCUGCCCCGAUUGCGGGCGAGCUUUCCGCCGCAGCUCGGGGCUGAGCCAGCACCGCCGCACCCACAGUGGCGAGAAGCCGUACCGCUGCCCCGACUGCGGCAAGUCGUUCAGCCACGGCGCCACGCUGGCCCAGCACCGCGGUAUCCACACGGGCGCACGGCCCUACCAGUGCGCGGCGUGCGGCAAGGCCUUCGGCUGGCGCUCCACGCUGCUGAAGCACCGCAGCAGCCACAGCGGCGAGAAGCCGCACCACUGCCCGGUGUGCGGCAAAGCCUUCGGGCACGGCUCGCUGCUGGCGCAGCACCUGCGCACGCACGGCGGCCCGCGGCCCCACAAGUGCCCGGUGUGCGCCAAGGGCUUCGGGCAGGGAUCGGCUCUCCUGAAGCACCUGCGCACGCACACGGGCGAGCGGCCCUACCCGUGCCCGCAGUGCGGCAAGGCCUUUGGCCAGAGCUCGGCGCUGCUACAGCACCAGCGCACGCACACGGCUGAGCGCCCGUACCGCUGUCCCCACUGCGGCAAGGCCUUCGGCCAGAGCUCCAACCUGCAGCACCACCUGCGCAUCCACACGGGCGAGCGGCCCUACGCCUGUCCCCAUUGCUCCAAGGCCUUUGGGCAGAGCUCGGCGCUCCUGCAGCAUCUGCAUGUGCAUUCGGGCGAGCGCCCCUACCGCUGCCAGCUCUGCGGCAAGGCGUUCGGCCAAGCCUCCAGCCUCACCAAGCACAAGCGGGUGCAUGAGGGCGCGGCCGCUGCCGCGGCUGCAGCUGCGGCUGCUGCCGCCGGCCUGGGCCUCAGCCCUGCUUCCAUGUUGAGGCCGGGGCAGGUCUCGCUCCUGGGUCCUGAUGCAGUCUCUGUGCUCGGCUCUGGCCUGAGCCUCAGCCCCGGCCCCAGCUCUGGCCUUGGCCCUGACCCUGGCUCUGUACUGGGCUCCCUCCCCAAUCCCAACCCCCAAACCAUCCCUGGCUCUAGAUCUACCCCCACCCCUGAUUCUGUCAAAUCUUCUAACCCUGAGCCUGGGCACGAAACCAAUUCUGACCUUGCGGCCAGCCCUGACCACAGAUCUGGUCCCAGCCCCGACCCGGAUACUGUGCCCAGCCCUGACCCCAACUCUGAGUCCCACCCUGAGCCUGGCUUUCCCACCCGUGACACCGUCAGCCCAGUCCUCCCUACUGGCGAUAGUCCCAAGUGGGUGCAGGAGCAAGGGGCACUGCUGGGACCGGAUGGCUGACGAGCAGGCUGGCACCCACAGGCGCCUGGGAAACUUGUAUGUUGUGCAGUUAGUAAAAUCCUCCCACUGCCUCCUG